AUGACUUACUUCGUUCACCGACCUUUAUUUUUCUUCCUUCCUGCUCUGCUGGUCUCCACGGCAUCAUCGUCUGUAGAGGUGUCCUUACCUCUCUCUGCACCGUCAACCGCACCGGAAAUCUCUGCCAGUCUCCUGUCAUUUUCCAUUGAAGGGGAUGGAUGGAUGAACUGGACUGGGACGACUUCAAAGAAUCAAUUUCUUUACAACGCCUUAGAUAACCUGAAAGCUCUGACAGGGGCACCGCCUAACAUUAGAAUCGGAGGCAAUAGCGAGGAUCAUACGAAUUUCAAUCCUAGCGUUGAGUUGUCAGAAGCAAUAUUUCCUGACUUCACUACGCUUGUUCCCUAUCCGGAAACUACAAAUCUUACUGUUGGUGAUGGCUACUACCAAACGGCCCGCUUCCUUCCAUCUGGAACGCAUAUAACAUGGGGCGUCAAUUUUGGACAGAAGAAUCUUACUGCGGCAUUCCUGGCAGCACGUUCGAUUGCAAGCGCAUUUUCAUCUCCUGCUAUGAAAGACGCCGGAGUGACUCUCGACUAUGUGGAGAUUGGUAAUGAAGCAGACUGGUAUAUCAACAACGGUGCACGUCCGUCCAACUGGACUUCCGCUGACUAUACCCAGGAGUGGACUGAGUUCGCCAAGAACAUUUCCAAAACUGUUGGAAUUUCAUCGACGUCUCAUACAAAAUUCUUUGUUGGUAGUUUUACCCAUUCAACCACCGCCGGCUUUUCACCCCAAGCUAUCUACGCUGAGGGGAUACUCGACUCUGAACCAGGCGCCUCCAUUGCGAUUUUUUCGCAGCACAAAUAUACAGGUGCCUUCCGCGAGGGCAUGGAUGGCCUACUACAGGACCUGAUGACAAAGGCAAAUAUCCGUGGAAACCUUUCGGUCUUGAUCCCAGACAUUGAGGAAACGCACAAUCGAGGCCUGGGUUAUGUCCUUGGAGAGACCAAUAGCUUUGCCAAUCAUGGUGCAAUAAACGUUAGUAACACAGCUGGAGCUGCAUUAUGGUCGUUGGAUUACACUCUAUUCGCGCAACAGUUGGGAAUAUCUCGCGUCUUUUUCCACGAAGGUGUAGGAUACAAAUAUAACUUUAUCCAACCCGUCGAAUUAACCAGAUCGAUCCUCGAUGGAUCUGAGCUCCCGGAACCUGUAGCUCCUCAUGUUCAACCUCUUUACUAUGCCGCGAUCGUCAUCGGAGAGGCCAUAGGCAACUCUGGCCAUACUCAAGCAGCGGAGUUGUCAAUCGACAACCCUCGUAUCUCCGGUUACGCCUUCUACGAAGACGGUGUUCUCGCCCGUGCUGUUCUCAUCAAUUCUCAAGCAUAUAUGAAAGAUCAAUCUACCUCCCGUUCGAGUAUCCACCUCGACCUCGAUUUUUCGGGAGAGGGACAGCUACCCACGAGUGUGCGGGUCAAAAGGCUCGCCAUUGGUCAUGCUGACGACGAUUCGGGUUUAACCUGGGGAGGCCAGACGUAUGAGACGGACGAUGCGCGCGCGCAAGGGGAGCUGGAGAUUGAAACUAUUCAGGUUGCAUCCGGAUUGGAUAUGGUGGAAACGGAAGCCAUCCUUCUCUCCUUUGAAUUUUGAGGUUGUACGGACUUCAUAGUCAAGCGUAGAUAUUAUUGAUAAAUGAAUUUCGGCCACGAUAAAGCGCCGCGACUAUACAUCCGAGUUGCCUCCCAUGCAAGAGGGUAGCGCUACAUUGACUGCAUCCUUCUAGGGAUCCGCUUUCCCCAAACACGCAACUUCAAAGGGGUGUAGCACGGUGAGACUUCAUCUCUCGGAGUUCUUCUGCCGCAUUCUAUCGAUCCCGGGCGCUAUCACAUGACCACCGAAGAAAUUGAGUUAUCUUGGUAGGAGAAGAUUCUUGCAAAUAACCCCACUUCCGUAAAAAAAAAAAAACUAUCCGAAAAAUCAGUCCAACGAUCAUAUUGGUCCCAGGACCUCCCCUCCUCCUCCGGAUCGUAUGGAAGUGAUU